AUGCAAGAAGCUGCACACAACUCCCCAUCGUCGUCAGAGGAAGAUAAUGAUGUUCCAGCCAAGCAACCGGCAGCAGUUCGCAAAACUCCCUCCCCACUAGUGGGAACGCAAGAUCUUUUGCAGUCUCAGUACACCCAGCAGCCGUUUCCAUAUCAGUUGUCACAGCCUUCUCAAUUAUCCCAAGGUCCCCCCAUCUUUGCUUCUGCUGUUACUCGAGCUCCAAUCAAUGUAGGGCUUAUGCCAAUGCCAGGAAUGCAAUGGGCAGUUCAUCAAUCUCCAGCACCACUCGAGCCGUAUCAAAUGGACCCAUGGCCCCCUUAUAUGUGUGCUGGUUCUGACGGUCAUCCAUACUACUAUGAUAAUGGAAAGGGGAGACCCCCACUUCCCAGCAAGGACAAGAACAGGAGAACCACCAGUGCACCCGUUAGUAGGGCUCCAUCCCCACUGACGACAGCUGCGAAGAAAAAGAAAAAGAAUAACGUCAACAAACAUGGGCGAACCAAGGAAGAAGAAGAAAACUUCCAAAGCUAG